CAAAACCACUUCUUCUACUCUUGGCAGUGUAUAAAUACCCAAGCACAUGCACCAAAUCUCUCCAUCAACAACAUAUUCAAGAGCUAAUAAUCUCUGUGGCACUUAGCAUUCUCUCAAAAAACACCUGAAACAUGAAGCGAAUUUCGAUUGCAAUUUCUCUGAUAUCCAUCUUAUUUUGUUCCGCAAUAUUAACUAGAGCUCUUCAUGAGGAUGAACCUGAGUUUGGUUACGAUGAAGAUAGUCCAAAUGGGCCUGAGUACUGGGGUGAUAUUAAAGAAGCAUGGGCAGCCUGCAAAACAGGGCAAAUGCAAUCUCCUAUUGAUUUGUCCAGAAACGUUGUGCAACUGAUUCCCAAGGCAGGGGGUCUCAAGUAUUGGACCUAUAACCCUCAAUAUGCUACUCUCUCCAACAGAGGUCAUGAUGUUGCAGUGGAUUUGAGAGGGGAUGCAGGCUCAAUAGACAUAGAUGGAUCGUCUUUUUUCCUCCAACAAAUCCAUUGGCACUGGCCCUCCGAACACACCAUUGACGGCCGGAGGUUAAUUUCCCUUCACAAUCACUUCUUCUCUGUUAAAGAAAACGAAGAAGAAAGUGUUACAGAAAUUGAUCCCUCAGAGAUCAUGAGUGGUAAGAUGUUCUACAGGUACAUAGGAUCACUCACUGCACCUCCUUGCACCGAAGGCAUCAUUUGGACCAUUGAUAAGGAGAUAAGAACUGUUUCAAUAGGACAAGUGGAGUUACUGAAGAAUAGUGUACUUAUACCUUAUGCUCCAAGGAACGCAAGGCCACUACAGCCUCUAAAUCAGAGGAGCGUACGGCUCUACGUUAAUAAGCCUCUGUAUUAG